GUGACGAUCUCUGGGAGAGCGGGCCGGCAGAAGCGGAGGCUUACAUUUAAACAGUGAUGCGGGACAUUUAAACCUCGGUCUGGCUCUGCGGGCUGUGUUAUGAAGAUAGAGACUCUCCCGCGAAUAGCGGGACAGUCAGUGGUUAUGCACUUGUGGAGGGGGUAAGCGCCGCCCUUGCGGAACGGGAGAGGGCUCCCAGUAUGGAGGGGGGUACCAAUGAUGGAGCUGCGGUACCAGGCAAUGGGGCAGGCACCGCAGGGAGCAUCUUUUGGUGGCUGAAAAACAGGUGCUUGGGCAGAGGUCUUUGCGUGGAUCCUGCUCGUGAUAAUUUUAGGACAAUGACGAGUUUGUAUAGCUCGAUCCAUCCCGCUGACUCUGUAAACUUGAGCACUAGGACCCACGGAGCUGUAUUUAAUCUGGAGUAUUCGCCAGAUGGGUCAGUGCUAACAGUUGCAUGUGAACAAACGGAAGUCUUGCUUUUUGAUCCUGUGUCUUCAAAACACAUCAAAACUCUUUCAGAGGCACAUGAAGAUUGUGUUAAUAAUAUCAGAUUUCUUGACAACCGAAUGUUUGCUACCUGCUCUGAUGACACAACGAUAGCCCUCUGGGAUCUAAGAAAAUUAAACUCCAAGGUGUGUACUCUACACGGCCAUACAAGUUGGGUGAAAAACAUUGAGUAUGACACUAAUACAAGGUUGCUGGUGACCUCCGGAUUUGAUGGAAAUGUAAUAAUCUGGGACACAAAUAGGUGUACAGAAGAUGGGUGUCCACACAAGAAGUUUUUUCAUACUCGUUUCCUCAUGCGAAUGAGGCUAACUCCUGAUUGUUCAAAAAUGUUGAUUUCUACUUCUUCUGGGUAUUUGCUGAUAUUACAUGAAUUAGAUUUAACAAAAUCCUUGGAGGUGGGUAGCUACCCAAUCUUAAGAGCAAGACGGACAGCUUCCACUUCAGACAUGACUUCAACUUCUUCUGAUACAAGGCCAUCCAGCUCUCCUUGCCAUAACAGUGAUUUGGGACCUUUGUUUGAAAAGCACAUGUCACGCUCUUCACAAAGAGAAGGUGCUUCCCCUCGUAACAGUCUUGAAGUUUUAACUCCAGAAGUUCCUGGGGAGAGGGACCGUGGAAAUUGUAUUACAUCACUUCAACUUCAUCCCAAAGGAUGGGCCACGCUUCUUCGGUGUUCAAGCAACACUGAUGAUCAAGAGUGGACCUGCGUGUAUGAAUUCCAGGAAGGAGCCCCUGUUCGCCAAGUUUCACCCCGAUGUUCUUUGCGAUUAACUCACUACAUUGAAGAAGCCAAUGUAGGUCGGGGUUACAUCAAGGAGCUGUGUUUCAGUCCUGAUGGACGUAUGAUUGCAUCACCAUAUGCAUAUGGGAUCCGUCUACUGGGGUUUGACUCCCAAUGCAAAGAACUUGUAGACUGUUUACCAAAAGAAGCAGGGACUUUGCAAGUAAUCCGCUCACUUUACUCUCACAAAGAUGUUGUCUUAACAACAAAGUUCUCUCCCACACACUGUCAGAUAGCAUCUGGGUGCCUUAGUGGCAGAGUUACCUUAUAUCAGCCGAAGUUUUAGUUGUGAAUCACAUCUUCAAAGUGGGAACCAAAUUUGUUCAGAGAUCCUUGUGUUAAUUUAAGGAUUAUCUCAAGUCUGAAUACAAUAUCUUGGACAUCUUAAAUCUCAAUUUUUAAUAAGUUUGAUCAGAAAUCAGAGGAUUCCAAGCUCUGAAGAAAUUGUAACCGAGCAAGUCUGGUGCACUUUCUUGCCCUUUUCCGUUUUUAUAUAUCUGUAUUCAAUAUAUGCCAGGCCAUCAUACAUAUUCAUGCAGUAUUGCCUGUAAAACACUACAUUUUUCUUAAUGCCAUCUUCUUAAUUAAUUGGAUAUUAUGUUUGUUUUCCUGCUCAGAAAGGUUACAUUUGAAAUAAAGUCUGUACUUUGUGUGUAAUGUG